AUGGACGAUAUUCACGCCCCAACUGUCGCCUCCGGGCCCUCAUCCGGCCAUUCUGCCCGCGAUGUAUCGAAGUUGUCGAUGCCCGAACUCAUGCAAGAGAAGGAACGGAUCGAGACGGAGCUGUCUGCGCUGAGCAGCGUUCUCAACUCGCAUGGAGUGACCAUGAGGUCGACCCUCACCACCUUCGACGGUUACCCGCGCGACGAUAUCGACAUUGCUCAAGUUCGAACAACGCGAGUACGAAUCAUCCACCUCAGAAAUGACCACAAAGAGGUCAUGACACAUAUUGAGAAGGGCCUGCACGAUCACUUUGCCCGACUCCAGAAUACGCCAGGCACCACCACGAACGGUACAAGUGUGCCAUCCUCUGCGCCGACCUCCGUCACGGACAACAGUAUUGCAGAUGCUGGCAUACUGGGCACACCAUUUGCUCGCGUCAAUAGCGUAGAGCCUGGCAGCCCAGCACAUCAGGCAGGUCUGAAGACGGGAGAUCUAGUUCGAGGCUUUGGCAGUGUGCACUGGUUGAAUCACGAGCGCCUUUCAAAGGUUGCGGAGGCGGUACAACAGAACGAAGGGCGUCCUCUGUCGGUCAAGGUGGCACGAAAGAAUGAGAGUGGAUCGGGCACAGCGGAGUUGGAUCUACAACUCACUCCGCGGCGCAACUGGGGAGGCCGGGGCCUUCUGGGAUGCCAUCUGGUGCCAUUAUGA